CGAGUCUAGUUCAAAUGUGGCGCGGACAGUUCUGAAACUGUUGCUGGCAGUAGCGGAGUGCGAAUUGUGAACACACCGAAUUAAACGCACGCGAGUGGUUCUAAAAACGAGUUUAAGCCGGACAGUGCUUCAACCGUCAAGGGAGAUAAGAGGCUUUGGCUGCGCACAUACAUUGUAGGUGAUGGCGCGCCAGCAGUGUUGGCUGAUCCUGGCAGCCUGCGCCCUCUCAGCUGUUGUUACCUGGGGAUCGGCGAGAACUGCAAACGAUGACGGAAUCUGCAUCAGGGUGACGCAGUACGUUGCUGGUGAAGGCAAGAGGGCUAUCGAUGGGACUACACUCACUUACUGUGCGAGCGAGAGGGACUGUCGCAAAACAGCCGAUCAGGUCUGCUGUAACGGCUGGAGACGGGACCCGGAUUCGAAGAAGUUACGCUGCAUCAAGAUCAUCAGUAAUGACUCUGCACUGGAUAUUUAUACUGACCUGGGCAGUGCUGAAGAUUCCAGACCAGUUGGCAGGUUUGAGAAUGCAUUGAAGAAAGAAGCUGGUGUCCAGAAGAACGUGAGACGCCCUCGUGGAUCACCAUCCUCGCCUGAGAACACUUCUCCUGGGAGACCUCUUGUAAAUAUUAGCCAUAGUGAAGCAAAUGGACCUUCGAAUGGGAGUGUUAAGGUGUCAGGCACAGCUGAUGAUCACUCUGUACAGGAUCGACAACAGGCCUCGCAAAAUGCCUCUCCGGACGUGGCAGCCAAAGGAAAUGGGAAGACUGGAACUGGGGCACUCAAGAGCAAUCAGACCAACUCUCCAGCGAUUCCGGCUGUAGCUAGCAGUGGUACCGGCCACACGUUGACAAAUGGGAAACAGCCAGUAGAGCCUCCGGGAAGUAGUGCCAAUAACACUCAGUCCGAGCCAAAUGCUGCGAGCAGUGCUCAGCUACCUGUCACUGCCACCAGGGAUGCCCCACAUUCCAGUACAGAGAAACAAUCUCGACCCUCCGAAAGCCAUACAGAAGUGACUGGUACUAACCAGGAAUCCUCGAAGAAUGGGCCAUCGUCUGCACAUGAACAGUCGAACACCAUUUCUAGCCAGGUUGAAGAGCCACAUGGCGUUCCAUCAGUGGUUGUUCACACUGAACCCAAAAACGACGGUAGCAGUCCCAGCGCUAUUGGCCACUCUGAGGUGGACUCACAGCCAUCUGCCAUGAAGGAACAUAGUGACCAGCAUGGGGACACCACCCAAACGAGAGGCCCAGCAGGACCAGUGAGAAGUUCUGUCGCCACAGCGUCCACUGCUGCCAGCGGCGUGACCACCAGCAUGGCUUCACAACCACCAGUUCCCAUCACAGACCUAGCAAUGGCUACCAGUACCUCCAAAGUACAGCCCCAGGGGGGGCAGACUGUCACCAGUCUGAGUCCAUCGAUCAAUCACAGCGCUGACUCAGUAACGACUGCCUCAUCAGUGUCCACUACCCUCAGCGAAAGCAGAGGGUCUGCAAGCCCAUCAGGGCAAAGCAAUAACCAUCCAACUGCCAGUGGUUCUGUAGUCCAUGCACCCAUGCAUAUUGACCAAGACAUCAGUUCCACGAACCAAAGUGCACAAGAUACAGGAGGACCCCUGACACUUACAAGCGAAGAUCUGGCCCAUGGACGUCAUGAGGACACCAUACCAUCGCCAGGCACCUUUCAGUCCACCUCUGCACCACCCACUCCCAUCAGCACCAUCCAUUCCAGUGCAUCCGCCACCACCGCAACCAGCACUAGUGCAUCAGUAUCUGCAGCAGUCAGCACCACCGCAACUGGUGCUGCUGUAUCACAGCCACAAGGCUCCAAUGGCACACACGUAGUUGAAAAGGGAACAAUUGACAACAUCGUCCAUGGGGGACCUUCAGCUCCACUUGAAAUCGCUACAACUGCAUCGAAUCAGACCGUCACCCAUGUGGGCACCACUCCUGCAAGUGUUGCCACCAGAACCAGUGUUCCAGUUGUACAGCACCCAAACGUGCAGACAGGUAACAUCAACGAAUACAACGUUACAGUGGAAACCAAGAGCCGCAACGGAAGUAAAACCCAAGGGGCCUCGGCUGGAGAUUCUUCUGCGACUGCCGGUCAACAGGGAGGCACCAGCGCUGCCAACACUACAGAGAAGAACGGCAACGGCACCAGUGUUGCCAACUGCUCACUCGCUGAACCCCUAAAGAACUGCAGUAACACUAACGAUACCGCCCCCACUGUUACGCCGCAGUCGUCGACGGCGCCACCAGUCGCAAAACCGCUGGGUGACAAGGCUCACGCCGGAACCGCACUGCCAUCUGGCCGCAGCGCGUCGAAAACGGCGAGCGAGGUGACUAUCAGCCUGCUUCUCGUGGCAGCCGUCGCCUUCGUGGUGGCGCUGCUGUACUGGCGCUCACGGCGGCGGAGGCGGCGAUACAUAAACUGCGGCACUCGCGAGCCAAAUCUCCACUUCUCAAACCCAGUGUAUGACCUGGAGGCAAUGAUGGAACAAACGUCUCUGGUGAAGCUGCAGAAUGCUGCAGACGUCGAAGAUGGCGAUCUCGAAGACUCGGACCGAGACGCGACUUUCCAGAGGAAGUGAGCUUGUGGCAACAGGAACUUGACAUGGAUUGCUAAUACGUGAAACAGGAGAGCAUGUGGACCCAUCAGGCAUCAGAAAUCUGUGGGACCCCACAGUCAGUGCUGUCAUGAAACUUUCUGUCGUGUGUAUUGCUGGCUUUCCUCACAGUCCAUGAGCUGUGUGUCAGUGCAUUGUGAUGCCAGAGUAUUAAGCAUUUAGAUAACUAGUGUCAGAAAUGGAGCUGAAAUAUGGCCCAAUUCGCUACAUCCUAAGUUUUUCUGUAACAGACUGCCUGAUGUCAGUGUGUCGAUGUUACUUUGUGAAGAUUCAAAUUUUUUGUGUUUAAAAUUUGAGAGUGCCCUCCUUAAAGGGGGCAUAUUUUGCACUUUCACAGGAAACUACAUGUGUGAUUUAUUAAGAAACUGGAUUUAUUACCAGAUGUUCUACAAUAUUUUUCUUGUGUAUGCUGAAAUAAUUUUCAGUUUAGUAAGAUGUUGAUAGUUUUGUGUAACAUUUGGGUGAUGCCAAAUGUGAAAUUUUUCACCAUGACAUUUAAGACCAGUUCAUUUCCUACAGCUGCAGAAAGAUUUUUCUUUUUCUCUAUCUCUGUUCUAAAUCUCUUUUAUAGAUUUGUUAUUGUAUAUGUUUCUUUUAUCUUUUAUGACAAAAGAUCGUCAUACAUUGCUGAUGUAAUUUCUGAAUUCUAUAAUUUUCUGUGACACAGUAUUCCAACAUUGUGCUGAAUUUUAAGUCAAUUGACAUUCAUUACUAACUAUAACUGCUUCUUAAUGGUAGAUUUAUUUUGACAGAAAACAUGAUGUGCUAUUUAUGGCUGUCCUUAAUGUGCUUCUUUACAUGAUUUUUUUCCAUUCUUAAUCAUAAUUUUCAGCUUGAGAUUGAUUGCUGGGACUCCAGUUGUGUGUAAGGCAUUGCCUACAAAGAACCACCUUGUGUUACUUAUCCAACCAUAAUAUGAUGAUUCCUAAGCUUAUGUUCAAAAUGAUCUAUUUAUUUGAAAAUUCCAUCAUUUUUCUUAUCCAUACAGUAGGAGAAAAAUACUUUGUUCUUUAUUCCUUCAGUGCGCCUAUAGUCCAUCAUUAUCUUUACAUGAGCAUUUCUUCUUUUGUUUUGUGGACAACCUUGUCUUCAGAUACAGUACUUGUUGAUGUCCAGUGUACUUUGUUCUGCUACCGUCUCACCUUUGAAUCUUCCAUCACUUUCAGUGAAUCUCGUUACCAGCAACCACUUCUGUACACUAUCUUUGUUUGCCUGGAGUUUCCAACUUAUGUCACCAGGAAUGUUGUCAGUCUGCUCCUGUUAAGACAGAUUGCAUGGCAGAAGUUAGGCAGUCUCUUAUUCCCAAAUGGUGUCCAUCAUUUCUCAGUAUCCAGCAUUUCGCCACCUUCUUAUGCAACGUGACACUUCCUAUCCUAAGACUUUUUGACAGUUUCUCAUUAAAGCUUAUAAAGUUGUCUCAUAUGUAGCCCAGGCUCAUCAUUUUUGGACAUGCACAGGACCUGAUAUGAUUGUGACUUGUCUCCCCAUUAUUGUGGUUUCAUAUUGUACACAUCAUUACCUAUUUCAUUUUUUACACUCUUACAGUUUUUUCUUGUGUUUGACCUCUCCCAUAGGUAUUUCAGUGUUUCGAUAUGUUACAUAUCCCCUGAAUUUUUUUUUAUCUUGGUCACAUAUUUUCUUUUUAGUUAAAAAUUUUGAAUUCCAUUUUAUAAAAGUUUUGGCACAGUUUUCCAUCUUUCUUUCCAUCUGUGGUGGGAUAAUCGUAUACCUAGUAUUAUUUUGGGACAUCUGAAAAUUAAUCAGUGUUUACU